GUAAUACGUCGACCCUUUACCAUAUUGAAUGACAAAUAAACAAUAGUGGGUGUGUCUGUACGCGUCCCUGGCCUUAUUACGGUAAUCACAGUACACAGAAGACUGCUGGACUGUUCUGUAUACAGUCAAGACUCUCUAUUAACUACCGGUGGAGCUAUGUCGUCGGGAUCGAUGGCAACAACCACUCUGGCUGCUCUGGCCGGCCUAGGUGUGGGAUCGCUGGGAGUUGUGGCCUACAUGAAGGCCUCCAAAUGGUGGAAAUCUCGUCAAUCUGGCAGCAAAGUGGAAGCCAACCUUCAAGAUCGACCCUCCCGCCAGCAGCACGCACUCACACUCUACCAUAGCUUCCCAUUUCGAUCGUGCAGAUGUGCCUGGCUUAUCAAUGAAUUAGACGCUUCUGAGCACGUGACGAUUGUACCUAUUGCUCUCCAUGGCUCCGAUGCUAAGGACCUGAUGUCGUACCGAGAGAUUCACCCUCAUGGAACACUGCCCGCUCUCAAACUAGAGGAUGGGACCGUUCUGCUUGAGUCUUCAGCCAUCUGCCUCUACCUGGCCGAGAUAUUCCUGGACAGUGAUGGAGGAAGUCUACUGCCUGACCCGCAACACACGUCAGAGUACUACAACUUCAUCUGCUAUGCUGCGAGUUCACUGGACCAUAUUCUGGACCCCCUCUACAUGCAGCUCACACACACCCCAGAGGACAAACGCAAUCACGCUCAAGUCGAGUCCCUCAAGAGAAAGUUCACCAUCACUGCCAACGUUCUCUCCAACCACCUGGCUGAUCGGGAGUAUAUCUGUGGAGACAAGUUUACGGCGGCCGAUUGUGUGAUGGGUUUCAACGUGUGGUGGGCGUCAAUGGUGAAGGGUGGGGCUUUAUUAGAGGACCACCCCGUGCUCAGAGAUUAUCUCGAGAGAAUUAAAAGUCGUCCAAACUUUCAAAAAACUUUUGUAGGGAAAAAGCAGAUUAAACCUAGCGGUGGUAGCAUUUGAAAUGUGUAGCUAGUUAAUAAAAAUAAUUAGUAGCUAGUUUAACAGUCGUUGUCACAUAAAUGUUUCAUAUGUUCAGCAACUUUUGUAUAUAAUUAUAGCCUUUUGUCAUAAUUAUAA